AUGUCGUCAUGUGUUCUGAACAUCUUAGUGGUAGGUGCCUCGCCUGCUGGAUUGGAACUAUCACAUUACAUCCUGCAAAAUGUUCUUAGGGAGUUACGCACGUUCGACGGUGCACCAGCUUAUCGACUGAUACUAGUCAAUCCAUUACCUAUCUAUAUUCGGAGCGGAUCCAUUACUAGACACUCGCAAGAAAUAUUGUCUGCCGCAAUCUCACCAGAAGCCCACAGCAUUAUUGAUAUUCGGCGAGAACUCGCCAAAUACCCCCAUUCUCAAUUCGAAUUUGUGCAGGGGAAUGUGAUAGCCAUUGAACCCAGUGCUAGACACAUCGCGGUAGAACUUCAAAUUCAAGAUGAUCUGAGUGACAGAAGGUCCCUUUCAGUCAGCUCAGACGGAUCUAAGAGAACGUGUAACGAGACUUCAAUUUCGAAUGUUGAGCAGAUCAGGACGUCACGCAUCCCAUAUCAUGCACUCAUUUUCGCUACUGGUAGCUCGGUGCCAAAUCAAUUAUAUGUUCUACCACCAACGAUUGCAGAGACACUGGUAGUCAUUGAAGAAGCAAAACGGCAAUUACAGUGCGCAAAGUCGAUCGUCGUUGUCGGUGGCGGGUCUGCUGGCUGUGAGACAGCGGGCGCAGUAGCUCUGUACUUCAACAAGCAACGAAAGUCCAGCAAAAAGCCAGAAAAGGCAAGCCAGAAUAUUCCGCAAUACGCCGUCGAAGAACACGAGUCCAUCAAAAUCUUCGAUCGAAAAGUCCAUUUCGAAGACAAAGACGAGCCUCCAGCAUACAUCGAACAAACCCAAAAGUCAACUCUAUUCAACCCACCAAAACCAUCCCACAAACCAUCACCAGCCCCCUCAAAAAGCAUAACUCUCCUAUCCGGCAACGACCGCCUCCUCACCAAGCUCCCCCCAACCCUCGCCCAAAAAGCCGAAAAGCAACUCCGCAAACUCGGCGUGCAAGUCAUCCACAACAUCCGGCAAGUCAGCCUCACCAAAAACCCAGACGGCACCUCCUCCAGCAUCCUCAACAACGACUCCACCACGCACGCAGACAUGAUAAUCUGCGCGACAGGCGGGAUACCGAACACAAAUUUCCUCCCGCGGUCCAUGCUCAAUUCGGAGGGUCGCGUUCUUACAGACGGGGAGACGCUGCGUGUGGAGAGGCCGUGUCUGGGUGAGCGGAUCUAUGCGAUUGGCAGCUGUGCGAGCUAUUGGAUGGGGAGUGGGGAGGAUGAGUAUGUGCCUGUUCCGGUGUUGGCGAGAAAUUUGGUGAACGAUUUGUUGGUUCAUGAGUUCGGGUUGCGGACGGUGAAAGUGGAGCAGGCGUCGAGAGGGAGUUGUUCUACGGACGGGAAGUCUGUUCAAUCUUUGCUUGGUUCCAUUCUCUCCGAAAUAGUGGAGGAGGACGGGGAAGACGGGAAAGAGGGAUCGAUUGGGGGAACAAGGACCUCGUUAUCGACGGACAGACUGGCAAAGUCAACGGUAUCCGAACCAAAGGCGCCAGGAAUGUUGUCGAGAGUUCAAUGCGUGUUCGGAAGGAAGCGUGAGACCGAGCAGUCAACUGUACUGACAAAAGAAGAAGCGUUGGCGAAGAUCAAUGCUCUUCAAGAUGCGUACUAUGAUCAAGAUUACCGGGUGACUCAAUUGGUGUCGAUCACGAAAACUGGAGGCGUUGGUUUGAUCAGGGGUCGCAGAGUACCAGGAUGUAUGGUCGGAAUACUGAAGCGGCGGAGAGAUAGGAAGUUGGGGAAGGGGAAGCUCGAAAAGGAGUAUCGUACUGGUGAAAGCUUCGAGAGUAAUUAA